CGUUUCCGAAAUGCUAUUAUUGUAAAGCGCAACAAUAAUUUGCGAUUGACACACAAUAUCAUUCCGUUGUAUUAUGAAUAAACAGCUAGAUCGAAUCAAAUUUUAAGUCUUGCGAGUUGCGAAUGUUUUUAUGAUCGUGGAAGCUGUGCGAACAAUUGACUUCUUCAGGAAAUUUUAGUCAUAUCAUUUCGAGUGACCAGUAUUGGUAGAAAACAUGUGGCAAUGCAGUAUUGUGAAUGGAAAACAUGUGGCAGUUCGAUAUUAUUGUGAGUGGUAAACAAAUGUGAAUAUUGCAGGCAGGAGUUCUACUUUGGGUAAAACGGGGAGACGCAGGAUAUUAUUUUGAAUUCCAAUCAUGGAUCUGAACUCGAGCUUAUCAACGUUGAGCAAGAAAGUUGGCAAAACAAUUGACAAGAUUCGAAAUAAUGAAUCAUCAGAUGUUAUAUGUACUAGUCCUAAUGCAAACAUUAAAAGCAAGAAAACCGACGAAAUCAGUGAAAUGCAUCGUUUAUUCGAUGAAUAUUGUGAUUCUUGUACCAAAGACGAACUACGAAAUAUAUAUGACGACUAUAAAAUCCUCACCGAUAACCCAGACUCCAAUAAAAAACAGGCUACACUAAAAGGAACUAAAAGAAAGCAGGCCCCAGAAAACUAUAAUCUUAGCGAGAAACAGCUAUUGGAUUAUCUCAUGAUUAUCCAACCAGAUCCAGAAGAAUUCAAAUCAUUUUUGGAUACUUUUCCAACUGAAUCACAUGACGAGGAGGAAAAACAGCCAGAUCCACCUCCGAAAAAAAUUUCAAAUUUCAACAAGGUGAUGAACAUUUUUAGGAGAUCCUCGAGCAAAUCGGAAUCCGAAGACGAAUCUGACAGAAUGAGAUCGAAAAGUUCGUCUACAGGCACAUUGACGAAUAUUUCGAAUUUUUUCAGGAACAAACGUCGAAAACGGAAUACCUCGAACUCUUCUAUAUUCACAACUAGCGAUACUGACUAUGAUAGCGAUGUUUCGAUGACCAGCAUUUCCUCUUUGGACCGAUGUAAAAAAGGCAAUAUCAAGUACUCGAAUUCCUUUCAUCAGACUGAUGCCAGACAUAGAAUCACCGAAGAAAAUUCGCCAACCGCUGAUACAGAUUCUGCAACACAACCUAGCCGACAAGACCAAGAGAAAACUAAGUCCCUAGGUAUCUUCAGUUUCAAGCCUUUUAGAUCGAAAUUUUCCAUUCAGGAUGCCGACGUGAAAUCAGGAAAACGAACGAGGGAAUUUGAAGGGAACGAAAGAAUCGUUAAAAGAAACGUCGAUUGGUGUGAAAAUAGAAAUUCAGGUGAUAUCAGAGACACUUGUGAACGAAUGAACAAGAUGCACAUCACUAGAACAAAAAGUUCAUAUGCCAGAGAAUUUAAGUAUGUGAGAUUUAAAGUUCCCGACUUGAAAUCAAUAGGUGUUAAGGUCGAAGUGAAACAAGAGAAAGGGCAAGUUACCACCACUGUUAUAACCGAGAUUAUUGAAGACUCUGUUGCUUUCCGGAGUGGAAAAUUGGGAGUAGGCGACGAGAUCGUGAAAAUAAAUGGUAAAAAUAUAGAAGAUUUGAUGUCCGGAGCGGAAAAACACAUGUUGGAACCCAAAGGUGGAGAACUGGAACUGCUGAUCUCCAGAUCUUCUUCUGAUAUCAAAAGUAAGGGCUUGAAGAGGACGAGCUCAUUGAAAUUAGAAAACCCAAAUGUUAAAAGAGAGGAAAGGAUUAGAUUAAAUGAAAUCGAAUGCGCAGCUCCCAAAGAAACUGAACAGAAAAUUUCCCUGGGAAAUAUUCUAGGGAACACAUCGAACGAAACUGAAUCAUCUAAUGACAUAUCUUGUAACAAAGAGGAAAUUGAGCCAGUCUCAAAGAAAUUUUGCGACUUCAGGAUUCCCAAAACAUGUACAGAUGACGAAUCAAAAGUAAAAUUAAAGGAUUGUAUAGAAAGUACAGCAAAAGAAAAGAAGCAAUUCAUAUUUAUAAAACCAAAAAAUAGGAAUUGGAGAAAUUCCAGUUUACAAGAAGAUUUAGAAGAAGACGAAACAAGAGUUACAUUUUGUGAGGAGAGAGAUAAGAAGACUAUACAGCAGAUGAAUCUGUUUGCCAGUGACAACCACAAACCUUCAAAUGACAAUUGUAAUAAACAUUAUUAUUCACAUUCACCACCCAAUUAUGAUACUAUCGAAACCGGAUUGUAUGUUACCUUUAUAAAGGGCCCCAAAAUGAAAUCGUUAGGGUUUUCAAUUGUUGGAGGAAAGGAUUCUGUUAGAGGACCAAUGGGUAUAUUUGUGAAGACUAUUUUUGAAAAUGGCCAGGCUGCUGAUUGUGGAAAUCUUCUUCCAGGUGAUCAAAUUAUAUCAGUGAAUGGUUAUUCUUUUCAUGAAAUGACACACAAUGAUGCUGUACAGUUCUUCAAGAAUAUCAAGACAGGAAGAGUUAUCUUGAAAAUCUUCAGACGAAACAAAAUCACAGCUUCCUUGUAACUAAAUGUCCACAAAACUUUGAAAUUUUGUUAUAAUAACUUAAAUGAAUUGUAAAUUUAUAUAAUUAUUGUUUAUAUUUUGUAAAGUGCCAUUGACUCAGUAGAUUCACAAAUUCUAUUAUAAAAGAGAAUGGAUUUCAAACUG